AUGCGGGACACGUUGGUGCCUAAUGGAUCGUUGCCGUACUCCAUGGCGAUUGUGUUGGGCAUUCAUCAGGUCGAGGGGAUUGGCGUGGGAUUGGUGGAAUGGGAUAAGGCGCGAGGGGAUUGCUCAGCCAAGAAUAAAAUAUUAAAAUACGCGGGUACAAGAAUGUUUGCUUUCAGCGGAAAUAAAGGGAAGGAACGUAAUAAAGUUCGAUAUGGAAUAACAUGUAAGCACUCGAUGUUACUUUGGAAUUGCGGCAUCGGAAAGGAUGGCGGUUGGAAUGUGUCGACUUUUGGUGGGAAAUUGCGUUUUUAUCCAAACUACUUUGGUGUGGCUUUAGUAUAUGGUACCUAUUUAACUAAAAGAGGACGCCAAUGGAACGGCAGAGCACCUAGCGGGUUCUUGGAUCAAUGUCAUAAAGCUUGA